AUGGCAUUCAAAUCAUUUUUGCUUUUCGCAAUCACGUUUGCAUUUAUUUCGCAAAUCGCAUCAACAAAAGCUGAACAAUGUUCAGCAACAGCAUACUACCACAAAACGAUCGGUUAUGAUUCAGGAAUUUAUUUCCAUCACGGCAAAAAGUAUCAUGCAGGCAUUUACGGUAGCUUUUGGAGUCAAGUUAAUGAAACAACAACAAAGAAUCUUGGUUUGAAACGCAAUACGUACGGUUAUGAUAAAGAUAUGCAUGGAUAUAUUUGGGCAAAUUCGUCCGAAUACGGUUUUGUUGGAGGAGGUAAAAAUUAUAUCCUUGGUUUGCAAGCUGCAAUGGGACAAAUUGCUGGCCUUUUAACACCCGAAACAGAAUCUGCAUUCCAAAAUAGUUAUGAUGGAAAAUUGAAAGGCGUUUGGAACGCAUCUUCUGGUUUACCUGACCUUUCCAAACCGGACGGUAGAAGCACGGUAACUGCAAUUGAUACCGUUAUGAAUUACACAAACACCAUCAAUUCCCUUCGAAAUGUCACAAUGGAAAACGAUAACGAUAACAUCAUGGCCACUCAACAACAACGUCGCGCUUUGGCACAUUCAGAAGUGAUUGAGAUCAUUGAAAUGGAAAAACGCGCAAACGAAGAUGACGAAGAUUGUGAUGAUGAUGAAGAGGAGGACAAGGACGAUCAAAAGAGUGCUCAAAAGGAUACUCACAAGGAUACUCACAAGGAUACUCACAAGGAUGAUGAUGAAACCGGUAUUAAAUGGAAACACACUCCUCAUGAAAGCGCAGUCUAUCGUCCUCCCUGGAAGACAGCCAAACCAGUCUACUUUUUCGGUCAAUGCGAUACAUGUGACAAGCACACUGGUUUCAACGGAAAAGGUCAUGGAAGCUUCCAAUCUUGUUCUCUCAUCUAUCAUGGACGCGAAUAUUUCGGCAAACCGGAUGAAACCCAACAUUUGCGUACUUGCAAGGUUGAAUUUGACUGUGAUUAA